AUGUCCAACGCUUCGAGCUUCUUCAAGGAACGGCUCGCUCUCGUAGUCGGCGGCGGUGGGGGAAUCGGCAGAUGUGUUUGUCUCGCUUUUGCCAAGGAAGGUUACCGAGUCAUUGUGGCUGAUAUGAACUUUAAAGAAGCAACCGCUGUUGCAAAGUCUCUAACAGGUAAAGGACAUGAAGCACUUCACGUAGAUGUGGGUGAAUCGAAGUCAGUGGCUUUACUCUUCGAGGACAUCUCCUGGUUGUGUUCUCAGCCUGCAAGCAUCGUGGUUAACUGCAUCGUGGUCAACUGCGUCGGGAUUGGACACCAAAGGACCCCUUUCGUUGAGCUGUCGGAAGCGAUAUUUGAUAAUAUCAUCCGAGUAAAUCUGAAGGGAACCUUCCUGAUAACCCAAGCAGCGGCCCGGGCUAUGACUGCAGGAAACGUACGCGAUGGGGCCAUCGUGAACAUUUCAAGCUUCGUGUCAAAGCUCCUUCCCUACCGCGGCGCGUACGCAGCGUCCAAAGCGGGGGUGGUGGCACUCACCAAAGUAACGGCAAAGGAGCUGGCGUCGCAGGGAAUCUGUGUCAACAGCGUCCUGCCGGUACUCAUGACCACGCCUAUGACCGGGACGAAUAGAAAGCCUGACGAAAGAAAGAAGGCGGUGGAGGACAUUCCUCUAAAAAGAGCCAGCCGCCCCGAAGAGGUGGCCGACGUCAUCGUGUUCCUCUGUGGCCCCAGAAGCUCUUUCGUGACGGGCGCUGCUGUGGAUAUCGCGGGCGGGCUGUAGUUGACGCGCUUCACCGAUGCCUCUUAGAUGACAAUUCACGCGCCUUUAUUCUUCAAACGACAGCACUUGCGAAUCCGGGAAACGUUAUAUAGCUUGCGUCCUCUUCGCAGCCAGCGUGUCUCGCGACGUCUCGACACUAUAGAUCCU